AUGGAUAGUCGUAUUGAUACAUUGAGUGUGAGUAGCAACACCACUGCAUCCUUACCAGAUAUAUUACCCUUGGAGAUUAUUGAUAAAGCAAUCAAUCAACAAGUAUGGAUACUUUUACAAUCUCAACGAGAAUUUAUUGGUAAAUUAAUUGGGGUGGAUGAUUUUGUCAAUGUUAUAAUUGAAGAUGUUACAGAAUAUAUUGAAGAUGGAGAAAGUCGAGUCAUGGAACAUCAUGGACGGAUGUUGUUGAGUGGGAAUAGUAUUGCUAUAAUUAUUCCUGGAGGCAGACCUUAG